AAGAAAUGGCCAUCCACUAAAUUACGCAUGCGCAGUAGUCGGCGCUUUAAAACAAGUCUUGAGGAGGGAACAUGAAGGCAGUCGCAGGUGGGCUUGAAUUAUAGUCGAGGUAAGCGCGAAAUUGAAAAACGCACGCUUUUAGACACAAUUCAGGACAAAAUUUCCGCUGUCGACUCUGUAGUAAACCAAUUUCGCUCCGGACCCGCAUUUUCCGCGUUAAAGCAGUCGGCUAACGUUAGCAUGCUAGCUAGCUGUUAUUGUUUUUCAUGAUUUCGCGAGAACCAAAAUGGAGGAGAUGGCUGCUGCCUGUGUCCUACACAGCCACUCCCGAGUCCUUCUUUGAACCCCUCGUUGUAAAAUGUCCACCAUGACGCACCAGUGAGUUCAUUCCUCUCUUAAACAUGUAUAUUCCGUGUAAAAAUCGGCGCCUGUGUAAUAUUACUGCACUGCUAACGGAGCGGGGCUGGAAUUUCAAACUCGGAGGAUAAUUUUAGGAAGAUUUAGACUCACGACUGUCUUAUAGUUUUUUUCCCGGUUUGUCCAAGUAUUAGUAGCUGAUGCAGAUUUUGUACUAGUAGUCAUAAGACAACUGAGCUGCAGUUAAACAGACAAGAGUAUCACAUAAAUGUCUUUAUUGUCUGUGUUGUAGGACAGAGGCUGGUUUCUCCUCAUGGGAGGCUGCAGAGGUUGAAAUGCGUCGCCGAGGCGCUGCAGGAUGAGAAGUCUUCGUGAUCGCCAUGACUCUGAGAGCCACACUGUUCCCAAACACAGGGUUAAAGCAGGACACCGACAUCAUUGACUUUAACAAAACGCAUUUCAGGGCCGCCAGGGUGAGUCCUGUAAGCCUCAAGAGGGAGUCCCGAGACUUCAUUAUAGAUGCUCACGACGUGCAUGGGGGCGAGAUCCCGAGCAAAUCAAAAGACUUAGAGCAGAAUUACAUGACAAGCAAAGUUUCCCUCGCUGCUACAGCUGCAGAACGAGUUCAAGGAGACAAUAAACCUGUGGGGAUUUUGUCCCCUGUCAGACAAAUGGGGGGUGAGGGAACCCCAGUGAAAGGUAAACCCCUCUCUGCUGACACUAUGGAUAACCCUCAGAUGGCUGUGAACAAUAACCCAAAGGAUGGAGGUGCUGAUGACAGUGUAAAGGGGGUUGUCCCUGGAGUCCUUGGCACCGCAUCCAUUGAACUCUCAUCUGAGGGCAAGUGGAGGAACAUCAGGAAGACCCCUGCUAAUCCCCACACACAGGCCAACUGCCUCCGGCAAAUCCUCCUCCUCCAACUGGACCUCAUCGAGCAACAGCAACAACAGCUGCAGUCAAAAGACAAGGAGAUAGAUGAGCUCAAGGCGGACAAGGAGACAGUAUGUUGAAGUACUUUUUCAAACCAUUCUGGAGUCAAAUACGCUGACUUUGCAGUCAUCAAUUUAUUUUGGUUGUUUUUUCUUCUACUGCAGCUUCUUGCACGUAUUGAGCGCAUGGAGCGUCGCCUUCAGCUCACAAGGAAGGAUGUUCCACGUGACAAGCGCCUCUUCCAGCCCCUGGAGCCAUGGACCCCUGACAAAGAGGACAUGUGGGAUCUGGACGUGGAGGAGAGUCCACAGCCCAACCCGGCCACUCCACUCCCCUUUAGUCGGGGUGGCAAGGGUCAAAAGAGGUAAAAUAACAACAUCUGACAGUCGUGGACUUUGCUUCUUAGCCUUGUGAUAUUAAAUAAAGAGAAGUAGAAAGAAAAUGAAUCCCUCGCUGAAGUUUCUUCUUUUAUUUCCUUUGUGCUCAGUUCUUUUCUUUUUGCACUUUUAGGAAAUCUUGUUUUGGAGACCCAAAAGUCCAAAAAUCCCGGGGUAAAAGUGCCAAGCUCAGCCCUCAGAAGCCCGAGCUUCAGCCGGGCUCUCCCAAUCAAAGAGAGCUGCGCAGUAAGGAAACCCCAGAGAGCGCCGUCCCCAUGCGGUCAGGGGCAGAAAGGGACAUUAUGCUCCCGUGCAAAGAGGAGCCUGAGCUCAACUGUCAGAUGGAGGAUCUGCCCUUCAUGUCUACUACAGAGAUGUACCUCUGUUGCUGGAACCAACCUCCUCUGUCCCCUCUGCGUGAGACUUCCCCUAAAAAGGAGGAAGAGGUGGCCAGUGAGUGGACUCCUCAUGUAGUACAUGAUAUGCUGAUUGUUUGUAAGCCUAACCUAUAUCCCAUCUUUAAUCACUAUAUCCAUCAAAUGUCCUGAACACACUCACAGUGAGUAACUACCUUUCAUACCUUCUUUCUACAUCCCAGUCCCGUCUUGGAGGGAAAAUCACAUAGAGCCCCUGGAGGAUGAAGACUCCUGUAACCCUGCUGAGGUGAGACACAACCCCCCCGAUCUGAAAUGGUCACAAGUCUGCAUUCAGCAUUUAACUCAUGAAUAACAAUUGUGGAUUUGUCUUCCUCAAGCCGCUGGACGACAGUGUGUUUUUAAAACGACACAUGAAGCUGGAGUUGGAUGAGAAAAGGAGAAAAAGGUAUAAAUCCCUCACUGAAGCAUAUUCUUAUUUAAAUGUCUUAUAGUUCUGGAUCUCAGACCGAGUUUUAUUUAAACUGAAAUGGUUUGAAGGUGAAAAUGUACCUUUUUUUUACAGGUUCCCCUUGAUAUCCUUCAAACACUGAAAGGAAAAUGAUGAAUAAAAUUAUAAUCAGCCAAUAUUUGUCCCAUCGAGAUCAGAGAGCUCUCUUCCAAACGAGACCUGGCCAAGAAAAGCAGCAACACAAAGUUUUAACAACAAAAACAAUCUGACUACGAAUCAGAAAAUAUCAAAAAGGAAUUAUCAGUCUUCAGAUUGUACCUCAACUGUAAAAUCUGGAGAUUUGAUCGUAUUGGUAAUGUUUGGUAAUUCAGCGUAGGACUGAUAAAAGAGUGGAGAGGUGAACCGCCCGGCCUUUUGUGGAAUUUGUUGGUGACAAACCGUUACUAAUCUCGUCCUCGAGUAACGCAAACACAUGACUCAGCUGCUCUGUUGUCCUGUGUAGGUAGGUGCUGCGAUUCGUCACUUGUUCUGACGUUUUUGAUUAUAUUCCUUUUUCUUUUUCCUCAGAUGGGACAUCCAGCGAAUCAGAGAGCAGCGAAUGUUUCAGCGUCUGCAGCAGCGCAUGAACAGGAAGAAAGUGGUCACAGAGACCGAGCCUGAGCUUUCAUCCUUCUACCCCGACACUGAAGAUGGUACAGAAGCAUGAAUGAAUCAAACUGCAGAGUUAUCUGGAUGUUUUAAAUGUGCUUUUUAGGAAUUUUACUUAACUUUCUUUUCUGUUUUUGUUUUUCCAGUUGAAACUAUAGUGAUCACUCCCUUCUUGCCUGUGGUUGCGUUUGGUCGGCCGUUACCCAAAAUGUCACAAUCGUAAGUCGAAAAUUUUUGCUUUUCAUUGCGUUUAGCAGAAGCUAACUUGAUCUGUGAAUUCACUGAUUAAUCUUCUGGUUUACUUCGGUGAUUAUGAACUUCAGUAAAUUCUGAGGUACUUGAUUAUGUUCAGACUUUUGGUAACAGUUCUGUCGGAAACAGGAUUGUGAAAUAUAUGAAAUUCAAAAAGCUCUAAUGCUCCAUGUCAUAAACCCUGCUCAGACUCUUCGCCAGAGUCCAAGGUGCAUUGAGAUUACGUCUUCAAAAAGUCUUGAUAGUAAGAGAGAGAGACCUUAUGAAACCCAAGUUCUUCAGACAAGCCUCAAGCCAAAGUUGGAGGCAGUCUAAAAAUGAGCUUCAGUUUUAGUGCUACAGAAACGUGUCAGUCCAGAUUCUCUGGCUGCACUAACUGGAUUUCAUAGUGGUUUUUCUUUUACUCUAAAUGAAGACAAAAAUUUCUCUCUUUACCCUUUAGACAGCUGUAACACCAGCACUCUUACCAAAGGUCUCUUCUGCUGAUACUUAAAAAGUUUUAGACAAGAUUUUUAAACUACGGUGUCUUAAAAUAGUCUUGGUUUUUUUCAAGUGAGAGGUUUUAAAAAAAUUGAGAUUUGUUUUAAAGGUGAGUUAAGGAGACAAGUUUAAGCAGCCUGUUUUCUUUCAAAAGAUGUAUCCUCAAGUGAUCUUUGUUCAUCAGUGAAUUAAGUCACUGAUGAAUGCUGAUGGAUUAACAAAGAGGGUUUCUUUGUUUCUUUAAGUUGGGCCACAAAACCUCAAGAGUGCUCCACAGUCAGUCUCAGCCCACCUGAAUCCUAACCAAACCCUCGACUGUUAUACUAUUUUCUUAUUUGUGUCUAACAAUAGUAAAUAUUUCUUUUUCCUCCAGGAACUUCGAGCUGCCUUGGCUGGAUGACCGCAGUCGAUGUCGCAUCGAGGUGCCCAAGAAACACACACCCCACCGGACCUGUCGGAAGUGAAACCUGCACAUGUGGCGUUCACAGAUCAGAGACGCCUCCUCAUGCCCAGAUUAGAAAAUACAACAUUUGUCUCAUGUGUGGGAGGAUCCAUGACAUGCCGUCACCUGUUGCUGCGUAUAUACAAUAUAUCUGCUGUUGCUUUCAGUCUGUGUGAGAGUUCACCAAUCGCCAGUUUAAACGUGUCGCCACAGACCGGCUCACCUCCUGCAGAAUAUUAUAGAAAUGAGACUGCAGCACCACUGGGUGUACUUGAUAUUUUUGGUCUCAUUUACAUUUCUAAAAGGGUAAAAACGCUUGAUGCAACAAGAUUUCAGUCCACGUGUUUGCAGCUUAGCAGUUCUGUGCAUGUUCUGUGACAUGUUGUAGCAGCCGUGCCAUUCAAAAAAGGGUUUUCUCACAAAAAAUGGAGUUUCCAUCACUUUGAAUACAUAAUCAGCAGACAAGAUAAACUGGGUUCAAAUCUUGAGCUCAUUCGUGUGGGCUAAAAAAAAGUCCUGGUUACCUCUUUGACUAAAAAAAGAGCUUGAAAGUGUAAGAAAUGAGCAAUAUGGCUACAACUUUUUGUCCUGGGUUGUGCUCAGUCUCUCCUAAAUGGGAAAAAGUCGAUCAGACUGUAUCGUGCUGUGUCAUGCCUAUACUUCAAAUAAGACUUAUCAAUGUUUGAUGUGAUAUCAGGAGUUAUGAGCCACAUGCAGCAUGAUUUCAUAGGAGAAAAAAAGCAUUUCCAGCCAAUCUAAUGUAAGAAAAAAUUAAAGGAAGCAUAUGAUUGUUCUGCGUCCAUGGUUGUGAAAACUAUGGCACGGAAAAUAGGACGGGUGGCGAACUUGGCGUGGUUCCUAUUGUUCUUUUCCCUGUUCUGUUUCUGUUUGUUUUUUUUCUAUGUGAGUUGCAUGGACUCUAUUUAGCUGUUUUAAAAAAAGGUAGCAUGGCUUAACCCCAGAAUAAAAGAAUCUCUGCUCAUCCAGCAACAAAAACGACAAAAUAUUGUUCUUGAAAGCAUGAUUUCUGGCUGCUGUGUUCAGUGAGAAGUGCAGCAUUCAGCCUCUUCAUAAUGCAAUCUGAUAACUAAAGUACAGUCUUGAAUUUAAUUUUCGUGUCUCCAAUCUUAACGCUUACAUCCAGUGAAUAUUAGGCAAGUUCUGUGUAUGCACUGGUCUCCUGAAGAUAAUCACAGGAACCACCUUAGAGGAUAAUAAAUAAGCUUUCUAGCUGUAGUUGUAGCGAUGUUCAUUAGUAUGCUCUCUAACAUGCUGCCAGUUAAUCUCUCCUCUCUGAGUUCAUCUCAGUUUACAAUCUUUGAUUUACUCCCCCGCUGCGUUUGCUAAACCCUGUUUUUCAUGACGCAAUGGCUUUCUGCAGCUUCAGUACUUCAAACCGCCGAGCGUACGUGUAGGCCGAGUUUGGAAAUACAAAGUCGAUUUUGUUUUACUGUACAUAGCUUUCAGAAACAAAUGUACAUAAAACAUGGCUGUUAUUUUUUUAUUAUUUAAUGUUGAAAGUGUUCAGUACAUUCAAUAUUGUUCUAUGAUUGUAUGUUGAAAAAUUGACAGUUUUGAAAGUUAAAUUUUUUUGGAAUAAAAUUAACAUGUCUAUGAUGAA